AUGGAGACUGAGGCGGCGUUCGUCGUUGAAGCCGAUGAAGAUGCGCGCCUACUAUAUCGAGAGCAAAACACAGCUCGGGACUCUGUGUUAACCGAAACUGCUCCGUUAUUACCAGAGACCACUCCAGAGCCCGACGAUGGCCUUGAUAGGCCGUGGCUAGGGUCGAGCGAAUUUGCUCGGAAGCCGGCAUGGAGGCGACCAUCGGUGUGGUGGAUUGUGUUUCCAUUGUUUCUAUUUACAACCGCAUAUGGUGGUAUAGUCGUUCCAAGAGUCAAUCUCAUCCUGAGUCUCGUGUGUCGAGACUAUUUUGCCGAGCGGGCUUCCAAGGAUCCCACCUUCACCUAUCUCCCAGUGGUACUUGGCGAUAAUAACGACCAGUGCUCCAUACCAGAAGUUCAAGCAGGCUCGUCACAGUUUCUACUAUAUAUCAACCUCAUAUCAGGGUUGCUCUCGGCAAUUGUCAGUCCACGUUUAGGUCACCUUUCCGAUCGGUAUGGACGCACAUUGCUUCUGUCACUUUGUGUCUUCGGAACCCUUGUGGCAGAGGCUUUUACUGCAUAUGUCGCAGCAAAAAUCGAAAGCGCGCCGAUUUCCCUUCUUUUGGUCGGCGCAUUCUUUGAUGGCGUUUGCGGCUCAUUCACAUUAGCCCUCGCGUUGGCGCAUUCGUACGGAGCCGAUUGCUCCUCUCCAGAGCGAAGAAAUGUUGUGUUUGGAUUCUUCCACGCGACUUUAUUUGGUGGAAUCGCCAUCGGUCCGUUUUUGUUCGGCCUCUUAAUAAAGCUCACCGGAAGUAUCAUUGUGAUGUUCUACACGGUCUUGUGUUUCCAUGGCAUUUAUUUCGUGGUGCUGCUAUUUAUCAUCCCUGAGUCCCUGUCCAAAGAGCGCCAACAGGCCGCAAAACAAAAGCACCGCACAAAACAGUUACAGUAUGACCAUAGCUUUCUGAAAAGUCUGUUGAUCGAGAUAAACCCUGUAAACAUUUUCACGCCACUCAAAAUAUUGUUUCCUACAAUUGACAAUUUGCAAUCGUUCUCAUUUGAGGAACGGACCAUGUUCAAAUCCCUACGCAGGAAUCUCAUCUUGAUAGCUUCCAUUGACACCUUGAUAUUCGGCGUGGCCAUGGGCACUAUGCAAAUUAUCAUUCUCUAUGCUGAAUACAUGUUUGGCUGGCACAACUUCGAGACCAGCAUUUUCAUUUCAAUCACCAAUAUUACACGCGUCAUUACAUUACUUGUCAUUCUCCCCAUGGUGACACGACUUAUACGUGGGCCACAGCAAAGCACGCAAACCAACUCUGGGUCGGAUAGGCUAGAUAUUACUUGUAUCCAGCUUGCGAUUCUAUUUGAGCUUUUGGGGUACAUCGGAUAUUCGCUUUCGCGCAGCGGCGCUGUUUUCCAGCUUUCAGCUGUAGUCGCUUCGUUAGGAGGGAUGGGUUCGCCUACUCUACAAUCAUCGAUUACGAAGCAUGUACCUGCCAGCCGUACAGGCGAAAUAUUAGGCGCCACGGGUCUCCUACAUGCACUCGCUCGGGUGAUUUCUCCCAUUAUCUUUAAUUUAAUUUACAGCGCCACCGUUGGCAAAUUUACGCAGACUGUGUUUGUGUGUCUAGCAUCGGUAUUCGGACUUGCAGCUCUUCUGAGCUUCUUUAUUGUGCCUGGAGUCUACUUACCGGCGACACCUCCAGCUAGUCGUGAACCGGAAUCUACAGAAGAUGUUAAUAUAGCAGAUUGA